GCUUCAAAACAAAACUUCAUUCUUAAGUUUGAUGCCAUCGAGGUUCGACAGUCGUUUUUUUACAGAGUGCUCGCGAAACGUGUUACACACAAUGGCGCCGGUGGCAUAUACCACCAGUGAGUUAAACGAAGAACCCAUCUCAAGAACGUACCAGUACCGCAAAGUGAUGAAACCGAUGUUAGAGCGAAAAAGAAGAGCCAGGAUUAACCGAUGUUUAGACGAGUUGAAAGAGUUGAUGGUGACAGCGCUUCAAAACGACGGAGAAAAUGUUUCAAAGUUAGAAAAAGCUGAUAUCUUAGAACUAACAGUGAGGCAUUUACACAACCUCAAGAGCCACCACCAGCUAGUACUACCACCUGAACAGUCUUACGCUGAUCGAUUUAGAGCUGGCUUUACUCAAUGUGCUCAGGAAGUUACUCAAUUUAUCACAACACCUUCUGAUAUCAUAGAUCCUUCAGCUGGGAGAAAAUUGCUACAACAUCUGGGAGCUUGUGUGAGGCAACUGGAUUACGUGUCUCAUAACUUCAAUAUCCAGUAUUCCCAGAAGUGUGGAUCCCCCCAAGGCUCUCCUACCUCAAAGUUGAAGUGUUCUACACCUUCGCAAGCUUCAAUGUGGAGGCCCUGGUGAAAAGACUGUUAUGUUUAUGUUAGUGUAGUGACGUUUGUGAUUUUUUGUAAGUAGCUUAGUAGUUUCUUAAUUCUUAAAAAUAAUUCUUUUAUCAAUAGAAAAUUUGUUACAAUAUUAACUUACAAUAACGAUAUUUUAACAAAUAUUUCCAGAUAGCCUUUAUAUCUAUUUGUCUUCCUUUUUUUCGUAAUAAUAGCACCAUCAAAUUUUGUUCUUGAAUACAAACAGAAAUACUGAUUUUUUUUGUUUGAAUAUUUGCUUUGAUGAGUAUUGUACUUCUAGCUUUAAUUCUGUGAUAAUAGUAGUAAGAAGAAGCCAGGUUAUAUUGUUACAUAUCUCAGUUGACAUACAAUAAUUGUUAAAGUUGGAUUUAGAUUAGAGAAAAAGCAAAUUAUUUUAAAAAAGUGGCAAUAUUAGUUUAAAUAAACUCUGUAGAACUAAAUCCAAUUUGUAGUAGUUGUAUUUGAUUAAAAUAAAAUAAUUUUUACUUAAA